AUGUCUAGCCUCGUUUCAGGACCUCUAGCCUUGUUUCAGGAUCUCUUCUUUAGACAAAGUUGUAGCUGUCAAUCAAGGCUAUCUGCUGCAAUCCGGAUCGUCAAAAUCGGACUAGCGGUUCAAAAGUUAUCAGCUUCCAAAGUCAAUACUCGCAUUUUCGCCUACCUCGUUUCCGGAGCCCUCUACCGCGUUACCUGUUCAUUUUCGUCGAUCAAGCUUUCCUCUUUUUGGGUCAUUCUUUUCUACACAUUACGUGGCGUGUAUUGUGGAGGCUUAAGGACCAAAAAGUCAAUCAAUCGAGACAGAAUGGCCGACAACGAAGUAGGAGCCGCCAUGGUCAAGAUCAAGCCUCAGAAUAAGUCUCUAGCGUUCAAUGGGAGCAACAUCGAGUGUUUUCUUUCUCAAUACCAACUAGCUGCGCGUUUGGAUGGAGCGUCAGAGAAGGACAUGGCUCAACAGCUAGGAUUUUUCAUUGCAAAGGACGAGCUGUUGGAUGUUGUCGAGACUUUGGAAGGAUACGAGCCGCCGGACUGGCCUAAAUUGAAGGCUUCUAUGAUCGCUUACUGGGGAAACGUCGAUACGGCCAAGUUUACGUCACGCGAUCUGGAGUCUCUGGUUGAGGAGUGGAAGAGCAAGGGCGGCAUCUCGUCUGUUGUUGACUAUCAAGAAUUCCGGAAGACUUGGGAACCGAUUCAAUCAUACCUUCUGGCUAAGGCUCACAUUGACUCGGUUGAGGAGAUUCACAAAUGGUACUAUCAGUCUUUUUCGACCGGCGUCCAGGAAAGGAUUCGAGAUCAGCUGAUCAGAGAUAAGACAAUGAUCACCACACUCGAUAAGCGUUUCAAGCUGCCGACGUUUGAGGUCUUGAAGAAUGCGGUGGAAGAAGUGAUGAAGGGUCAGACUGCUUUGACCUUUGAAGAUUCUAGAUCGACUGUUCCUGUUCCCUCCACUUUGUUUAAGGAUUCGAACGAUGUUAUGAAGAAGAUGGAAGCCGAUCGGCGCCCCAAGGAAGUAUCUGAUGCUUCAAAACCUCCGGCAACCAUCGAUGAGAUCUCAAAGAUGCUUCAGUCGUUUGAGCAGCGCUUGAAGAAAGAACUUUCAACUCCCCAAGCUUCUCAAACCACUCCAUCCGGCACCCGUCCACCUAUGGUCUGUUAUUAUUGUCACUAUGAAGGCCAUGGAACCGGUCGCUGUCAGAAGCUGCAAGAAGAUAAAGAAAAUAAGCUUGUUGAGCAGCAGGGUAAUAACUUUUUCCUUCCAAAUGGUGCUCUUAUUCCAUUCGAUCGUACCCAACCAAUCCGCCAUGUCGUUGCCUCCUAUCAACCACCGAUUCCGUCUGCAAGUUUUGUUUCAACUGAAUUCAAGACCAGCUGCGGUACUCUUCAGCCAUGGUAA